UUCCUCAUUUUAAAUCGGUGUCUAUGUAAAGCCGGUUGCGAUUCGUCUUCUACAAGAUACAACAUGUGUUAGUGUUCGUUUAGAUUUACCGUUAGCGCGUUUUGUGUUGUGUGGUGUCUAACUUAAUUUAAAAAAUGUUUAUUUUUGUAUACUGACUAUUGUCUAUACAUUAUAUUUGAAUUAAUUUUGAUUAAUCAUUUCAUUUUAAAAUCAUGCUAGUUGUGUGUUAUAAUGAAAUUCAAUUAUCAGGUAACCAAAACAAAUGAGUCUUUAAAGUUGGAUAUAUUUUGUCAACAUCGAUUUAUUUCGAGUAACCGCAAGUUACUCAAGAGUAACUGUCGUCGUAAAAAUCAUUGGACUAUCAUGGAACCUAUGAGAAGACCAAACAAUUCAAAUUUGAAAAAGGAAUGUGAUGAAAUAACGAAGGAUGAUCUUUUUAAGUAUGGAACACGAUUUUUAUCUUUAAAUUUUAAAAGACUAAUGACAAAAAAUAGUAUAAAUAUUUUAUUAAAAGAUCAUUGGAAACAAUGUAGUAACAAAGAAAAGUUUCUGUUGCAUGUGUACCGUCAGUGUUUAAUUGCUUCGAAUGAUUCUUGGGAACUUGCUGAACAGAUGUGGUGUCAAAUUUGUACUAAUUUGUCAGUAAGAUUGGAUACCGUAAAAAAACCUUUAAAAAAAAAACCAAAAAUAAAAAUUCCUCAAAAAAAUAAAGAAAUAUUUCAAAGACUGGAAGAGUUAUUUGGUGCAGAAUAUCUGUCUUCUGAUGAAGAAUUGUCCAAGUUCAGUACUAAUACCCAGUUAUCAAAUUAUAAAAAUAAAAACAUUACUAUUCCCAAAAAAAUGGGAUCUUAUGAAAAUUCAUUCGAUUUACUUGCUGAUCUUGAAGAUGAUCCACCAAAAAACUAUAAAAAUGUGAAAUUGAUGAAAGUAUCAGCAGAAGUCUCAUUGGAUAAGAUCCAACAAGAAUAUAAAUCAUUUAGUCCUUUAAAAGAAAAUGAAUCUAAUUGUAAUUCAGUAAUGGGUACUAUUACAAAGACAAAAGUGACACCUAAUAUUUCCAAAGAAAAGACAUCAAGUAUAAUAUCGUGUCAUACUAUUCCUUCUUCUCAAGUACUAAUUAAUGAACAAAUAAAAGAAGUUAUUAUGAAGGAAACUCUGAAUAACAAAAGUGGCUUUGAUAAAGAAAUCAAUAAAAAAUCUAAUGACUCUCAAAAAUAUUCUCGUAUUAUUACAAGUGAAGUUAAAAUUAGUAAGCGUGCUACUCUAAAGCGUGAGUCUGAUUUAAAUUUUAAUGAAAAUAAGACUUCAAAAAUACCUAAACUUCUUUUAAACCGGACUGUUGGCAAUAACUUUAUUAUAGUUCCUAAUAAACAACUUAAAAAAGAAACUUCAUCUAAUGAUAAAUUGGAAGUAGUUAAUGAAACAAUACCUAUAAAUAGAAUUAUUGCUACGUCAGAUUGUGGUACUCAAUAUAAAAAAUUAAUUUCCAACCAAUCUACUGAUAAAACAAAAGCAUGUAUCUUUUUAAAUAAUCAAAAGAGUUUAUGUGAUAAUAGUUCAAUUAAAAUUGAACCUGAAAAUCAGGACUCAUCUUCAUCUGACUCGGGUAUUGAAAUUACGCAAGAUAUUUUUAAGUCUCGUAAUUUAUAUAACAAAAAUGAUGAAAAACAAAAAUACGUGCCAUUAGGAUGCCUCAAUUUUAGUAACGAAAUAAUAGAAGCUUUAAAUGAAAUGGAAAUACCUAUUAAUUCUGAUGUAAUUUUAUGUGAAGAAUCUACUAUCAAACUAAUUGCUCAUCUCUUCAUUGAUGAUGAUUUCUUAUACAAAUGUGAUGCUAAUCCUUCGAUUACUUGGAAUACUUCUAAAUCUCAAAUGGUUGGUGAGUUAAUUACUAAUCUUAUUCUAAAAUUUUGUUCAAUGGAUAAUAAUAUGAUUUACUUAUCAAGUUGUUUUAUGAGAAUUUUUCGAAAAAUUGUUGACAACCAACCAUAUACAUUGGAUAUAAUAAGAUAUAGGUUUUCAAUGUUCAAGAACUGCAUACAAAAAUUAGUGAAAUUUAUUGAUAAAGCAUUCUACAAGCAGUGGCUUUUAAAUAAAUACUAUGAGGAUUGGCUUUAUGUAGUCGAUUAUAUAUUAAAAGACAACCACAGCAUGUUAUCAUUGUUAGUUAUUCAAAAUAAAAUGGUAACAUCUAGUGUAAAUCAAUAUAUCAUGAAUGCACGUGAAUAUUUUUUUAUUGCAAAAAUACACAGGUAUUCAUUUGAAUUUAAGAACACAAAAUCCAACAUUAAAUCAUCAGUUUCUAUCGCAACUUUUGACUAUAAGAAAAAUCUGGACCCAAAAGUUCCUUUAAAUAAUUCUCAUAAGAAAUUAGAUCAAGUUUUAGUAACUAAAAAACAAGAACUCUUUCCUAAAAUUUCUGUUAAACCAGAGUUUAGUAUGAAGUCAUUUGCUGCUGGAGGAUGUGGGUUACCUGUAUCAAGUUUAUCAAAUAAUUUACUAUUGAAUAAGACAAUUCCUAACUCAGUUGAUUUUUCAAAAAAACCGUUAAAUAGCUUCCAAGGACAAUUAUUACCAGAAUUGAGUUCUAGUAUGCGUAUAAUGGAUUAUAACUAUACAUCCUCAAAUAGCAUGAUCUUACUUGAUCAUAAUAAAGAUCAAUGUACGACUUUUUGUGAUGGAAAGGUUAACAAUUUAUUCCAACCAUUGAAUCCUUCUUUUGAAAACCAAAAUACAUCUAUGUCAGAUCAUGCUAAAGUUAGAGUUUUGAGUCCAUUAGAUAUCAGUAAUAAUUUAUCAAAAGUUAAGAAUGAAGGAUCUACAGAGUUCAAUUAUAAAUUGUCUAUCUCGACUAAAUCACCGCAAAUUACAACUUCUAGUUCUGGAAAUAUAUCAAAUUUUUCAAAAACAAAUCCUAAGAUAAAAUGUAUGGGAUUUAAUUGUUCAACUAAUGCCAUAUUUGUAUGUUUGGGAUGUCUAAAAACUCACUAUUGUAGUCAAAAGUGUCAGGCAUCACAUUGGAAUAAACAUAAAGAAGUGUGUUCAGAGAUGUCCAAAACAUUUCUUUAGACAAAUAGGUUAUGCAAUUUAUUGUGUUCAACAUAAUCUUCAUGACAUAAUAACAUAUAUAUUCACUGUAAAACAAUAUUAUUACAGUACUAAUAUUUCCUUUUUUGUUUAUAUAGUAUUUUUCAAAUAAUUUAUAGAUAACAAACUUAAAUUUGUUAAUUAAAGUAUUGUUUUUAUACUUAAAAAUUCUUAUGUAGACAUAUUUAUCAAAGUUCAACUUAGUUUAUAAAUUUUUACUUAUCAGAAGAUGUUUUCAUUGUUUGUGUCGUAUGUUAGUAUUAGUUUGCCAUUUUAAUUUAUAUUUUGCUUAAUAAAAGAAAAAUAUAGAAAUUGCUAGUAUAACCAUGUUGGUAACACAAGUAAAAAAUUGACAUUGUACAACACUAAUUUUGUGUUCAAUAUUGCGACAUGACAUAUUUUUAUAAUCCGUAUUUCAUUAUAGAAAAUCUCUACUUCGUGUUCUUAUCGAAGUAAUUCAUCAUUAUUAACAAUCUUGUAUGUUUUACUUCUUUACUUACAUGGGUGUAAAAAUUUGGGAUGUUUAUAAUUAUUCAAAAAAUGAAUUAACAAUGCAUGUAUAUUGCUUUAUUUCAUUUUAUUUCACUGGUAAUGUAUAAAUUACUAACGUUAGAUGAGACUAUCUUUUUUAACUGAUUACGAGAAUUAUCUAUUGUGAUAAAUCUAUGAAAAAUCUAUUUAAUGCAUAUUAUACAUAAUCAGUUAACGGGUAUUGUUAUUUUGCAAUUAUUUUUAUGAUAACCAUAAAUGAUUAAGGUUAGGAAUAUUUUAAUA